GGGACGGGAGCGGCGGGGAGCUGCUCUGUGGCUUGCCGGGACAGGCAGCCGGCACCGCGGGGCUCCGGGCCUGGGUCCUCAUCCGCAGGACUGCAUCUGAAUCGCAGUCCAGAAAGAAGAAACAGUCCUGUUGAUUUAAGUUGACCAUUUCUCUCUAAGAUUAAGAACAAAGCCAUGCCAGUGCUUUCAGAAGACUCAGGAUUGCAUGAAACUUUGGCCCUCUUGACAUCUCAGCUAAGACCUGAUUCAAAUCAUAAAGAGGAAAUGGGAUUCCUAAGGGAUGUCUUCAGUGAAAAGAGUCUGAGCUACCUGGUGAAGAUUCAUGAGAAGCUCCGUCAUUAUGAAAGACAGAGUCCAACUCCUGUUCUGCAUAGUGCAGCAGGAUUAGUUGAAGAUGUAAUAGAAGAAUUGCAGACUGCACCAGUGAAUAAUGAAGAAAAAGAGCUACUUCAGCUGUUGUCAACACCACAUCUCAGGGCAAUGCUUGUAGUCCAUGACACAGUGGCACAGAAGAACUUUGACCCAGUCCUUCCACCUCUGCCUGACAACUUUGAUGAUGAUUUUGAUGAGGAAUCAGUGAAAAUAGUUCGGCUAGUGAAAAAUAAAGAACCCUUGGGAGCUACCAUCAGAAGAGAUGAGCAUACAGGAGCUGUGAUUGUUGCAAGGAUCAUGAGAGGUGGUGCAGCUGAUCGCAGUGGUCUUGUCCACGUUGGAGAUGAACUAAGAGAAGUCAAUGGUAUCACUGUCCUUCACAAACGGCCCGAAGAAAUAAGCCAGAUUUUGGCUCAAUCUCAGGGAUCAAUAACAUUAAAAAUAAUCCCAGCCAUCAAAGAAGAAGAUCGUCUGAAAGACAGCAAGGUGUUUAUGAGGGCGCUUUUCUGCUAUAAUCCCAAAGAAGACAGAGCCAUUCCUUGCCAGGAGGCUGGGCUACCAUUCAAGAGACGACAUGUCCUAGAAGUUGUAAGCCAAGAUGACCCCACGUGGUGGCAAGCAAAACGCGUUGGAGAUACCAACCUCAGAGCAGGCUUGAUCCCUUCAAAACAAUUCCAAGAAAGACGAUUGACUUACAGAAGAACAAUAGGCACUCUGCAGAAUCCCAGAGCUGUGAAGAAACCAUUGUAUGAUCAGUCUUCUGAUAAAGAAGACUGUGACUGUGAAGGAUAUUUCAACGGACAGUAUAUAGCAGGUUUACGGAGGAGCUUUAGAUUAAGUCGGAAAGAGAAGGAGAACAGCCUGAAUGAUGGAAAGCAAGCAGAGCAGACAGACGCAGCAGAGUUCCUGACCUAUGAAGAAGUCACAAAGUAUCAGCAGCAGCCUGGUGAACAGCAGAGGCUGGUGGUGUUGAUUGGUUGUUUGGGGGCCAGAUUAAGUGAGCUCAAGCAGAAGGUUGUGUCAGAGAACCCACAGGAAUACGGUGUUGCAGUUCCACACACCACCAGGUCAAGGAAAAGUCAUGAGAAAGAGGGAGUAGAAUACAAUUUUGUUUCCAAGCAAUCAUUUGAGACAGAUGUGCAGCAAAACAAAUUUGUGGAACAUGGAGAGUACAAAGAAAACCUGUAUGGUACAAGCCUGGAGGCAAUUCGGUCUGUGAUGGCCAAAAAGAAGGUCUGUUUGGUGGAUGUGGUACCUGAAGCAGUAAAGCAGUUGAGGACUCCUGAGUUUAAGCCUUAUGUUAUCUUUGUGAAGCCUCUCAUACCAGAAAAGAAAAAACAUGUCCUAAAAUCUCCCACAUCAGAAGAAAUCUCAUCCCCCCUUGAUGAAGAACAGCAGGAAAUUAUUGACUCAGCAGCAUUCAUUGAAGAGCAGUAUGGCCAUUUAAUUGACACUGUACUGGUGAAGGAAGAUCUCCAGACUGCAUGUAAUCAGCUGAAAACUGUGUUAGAGAAACUAAACAAGGAUUCAUUUUGGGUGCCAGUCAACUGGGUUAGGUCAUAGCUUAUCAUGUGUUGAAGGGAAAGACUGUACAAAAAUGUCUUGUAAAUACAUGGAUUAGAAAAGGGAAAUCUGUCAAGUUCACUUCAGAACUGCUCAUGUCUAGAAGGUAAUACAUAAAGACUGUAUGAGAACAAAACAAAGUCAAAAGCUGACACUGCCUUCCUGAAUCAAAGUCUUGAUUAGCAGCUGCCAUUGACAGGUGACUACUCAAACUAAAGAGAUCAGAAAAAGACAGGAGUGACAGACUGUAAAUAGUGCAUUUUGUACAGUGAAGUUACACACAGGAGCCCAACACUUCCAAAGCAUUUCACUAGUGCUGGGACACCAACCAGCUGGAAUCAGCCUUUGGGUACAUUAAGGCAUCUGAACAAGGUACUUUUCAAGAACCAGUACACCUACAGAACAGGCUACUUCAGCUGUCUCUCGGAGUCUGUUACUCAAAAUCUUAGCUGGCUGUCAGGCCAGCAAAACCAUGUUUCCCUUCACUAGGAAUCAUUAGUUGCAAAUCCAAUUAGGCACUAAACCGGGGCCAGUUAUAGGAGUUGUAGAUAUUUUAGUCACUGAGAGAUGGGAGGGUUUUCUAUGUCCACCCCACCUUUCCAAAUGCCUCCAAGUUGUCUUGCACAGGUAUUAAAUCUGCACAGCCACAGCUUACACCCACUUCCCCAGUCUCCUCCUAUUGAUACAAGUGCUAAGCAACCCAUGAACACACCCGUGUGACAAGCCAGCACAUAAGCCAGACUUUUUUGCAGUCUACAAGAAAAUUAACAGCAUAUGAUUUAAAACAGGACUUUUAUUUUCUACAAGCCAUCUUUGCAAAUGCCACCUGAUGGAGGCAUCACCUUGACACCAACAUAGCAGCUCCAAAAAGGGAACUAAAAGGAGGAACCUGAAGUACCAAGUAGCUGAACUACAAAAUCAUCACCCUGCCAGCAUUUCUAACUACCUUUGUUCCAAAUCAGAUAAAGGCUUCCAGAGCAUUUAAUGAGGUAUGUCAAAUCCUGAAGAAGAACACUGUUAAGAGGACUUUGUGUAUAUUUCAGGAGACUUGAGUAGGUGGGUGAUCAUAAGAAAAUUCAGGGAGAUUAUUCUGGAAGCACCUAUGCUUUAGAAUUACUUGGAACAUGAGUAUUGUACAGUUGCAUGUUAGCUGCAACUAGUUCCUGUUUCUAUUUCCUGUCGUUUCUGCUCUUCAAAUAACACCUUUUGGUGCACCAGUCUCCUUCCUUGCAUCUUCAAAACACUAUGAUGUUAUUCUUGUUCUACUGCAUUUAGCAAAUCUUAACACCACUGUAUAUUAA